AUGUGCCAGAGUCUCAAUGAUGAGGCUUCGUAUUGUAAGUGGUGGCUCCCUCGUCCAACCUGCCUCGGUGGCGAUCAGCCAUGCGGUGAUCAAACUAUCUGUACUUCCCAGACGUGGCCUCCUGCCCCCACACCAUCUCUUCCCGCUGGUGCCCACCCUCAUGAGUCUGCCCCUUGCAACGAAUAUUGCGUCGGACUUAAUGGACCAUCUUCGUUCUGUAAGUGGUGGAAGAAUGAGCCUGUCUGUCAGGGGGGCGAUCAGCCCUGUGGUGUACCGGAUUGCCCUACCGGUACCCCCGCUCCCACCGAAGGCCCGCCGGACUCCCAUGCUGGCCCCAGCCCAAACUGCGAUGCCUACUGUACUGCUAUCAACCCCGGUCUCUCCGGUGAUCGCGUGUCGUACUGCAAGUGGUGGCUCCACGUGCCCGUCUGUUAUGUUGGGGAUCAGCCUUGCGGUCCAAGCGUAUGCAGCGACUUCGGGGAGACUACAACCCCGACCCCUAUCACUACUGGAGCGACUACAUCUGUGACGCCAACUAUCCAGAUCACCAGUACUGCUGCUCCUACCACACAAACGACCAUGCCGUCAGCCUCGACCACUCAGACGGCUACUACUGUCGUUCCAACCACUCAGGGGGCUACUACUGUCUCUCCGACGACUCAGGCUGUCACUACUGUCGCUGCGACCACACAGGCGGCCACGACUACCGUUCCAACCACACAGGCGGCUACUACUGUCGUCCCAACCACUCAGGGGGCUACUACUGUCUCUCCGACGACUCAGGCUGUCACUACUGUCGCUGCGACCACACAGGCGGCCACGACUACCGUUCCAACCACACAGGCGGCUACUACUGUCGUUCUAACCACACAGGCGGCUACUACUGUCGUUCCAACCACUCAGGGAGCUACUACUGUCGUCCCAACCACCCAGGGGGCUACUACUGUCGUUCCAACCACUCAGGGAGCUACUACUGUCGUCCCAACCACACAGGCGGCUACUACUGUCCUUUCAACCACUCAGGGGGCUACUACUAUCUCUCCGACGACUCAGGCUGUCACUACUGUCGCUGCGACCACACAGGCGGCCACGACUACCGUCUCAACCACACAGGCGGCUACUACUGUCGUCCCAACCACUCAGGGGGCUACUACUGUCUCUCCGACGACUCAGGCUGUCACUACCGUCGCUGCGACCACACAGGCGGCUACUACUGUCGUUCCAACCACACAGGCGGCUACUACUGUCGUCCCAACCACUCAGGGGGCUACUACUGUUUCUCCGACGACUCAGGCUGUCACUACUGUCGCUGCGACCACACAGGCGGCUACUACUGUCGUUCCAACCACACAGGCGGCUACUACUGUCGUCCCAACCACUCAGGGAGCUACUACUGUCGUCCCAACCACUCAGGCGGCUACUACUGUCUUUCCGACGACUCAGGCUGUCACUACUGUCGCUGCGACCACACAGGCGGCCACGACUACCGUUCCAACCACACAGGCGGCUACUACUGUCGUCCCAACCACUCAGGGGGCUACUACUGUCUCUCCGACGACUCAGGCUGUCACUACUGUCGCUGCGACCACACAGGCGGCCACGACUACCGUUCCAACCACACAGGCGGCUACUACUGUCGUUCUAACCACACAGGCGGCUACUACUGUCGUUUCAACCACUCAGGGGGCUACCAGCGUCGUUCCGACCACUCGGGCGGCUACAACUGUCGCUGUGGCCACACAGGCUGUCACCACCGUGCCUCCGACCACUCAAGUUCCGACCACUACCCAGGCUCCCCCCUAA